CCUUGACUAAGUAUCCUAGAGCAUCAAGAAAUCUCUAUCCUUCCGGAUAGAGAUUUAUUUAAUCUACACACUCGCCUAGGACUGCCUCCUUCCCCUCGAUCUCGUGUCUGAACAGAAGUUUGCUCAUGAGAGGAGCCAGCGCGCAGGACGCCAGAACCCAACCCGGAACGUUUAGUUAGACGUCCUAGCCUCCCGACUUCCGGUUCCGGUUUCUGGGCUCUGUGGGCUGCCUUCGCUAUGGAAGAACCUGAGAUGCAGCUGAAGGGAAAGAAAGUCACAGACAAGUUCACUGAGACUGUCUAUGUCCUUGCCAACGAGCCAUCAGUGGCCCUGUACCGGCUACAGGAACACGUGCGCCGUUCCCUGCCAGAGCUGGCCCAGCACAAGGCCGAUAUGCAGAGAUGGGAGGAACAGAGCCAGGGCGCCAUAUACACCGUGGAGUAUGCCUGCAGUGCUGUGAAGAGCUUGGUGGACAGCAGCGUGUACUUCCGUAGUGUGGAAGGCCUGCUCAAACAGGCCAUCAGUAUCCGGGACCACAUGAACACCAGCGCCCAGGGCCACAGCCAGGAGACGCCAUCCCCUCCUCCUUCCCUGGCCUGACCCUGACCCUGAAGACUCAGGGCCACCGGCUUCCCCACCCAGCUCCCCUGUCUCCCAGUCCUGGCAGAAGAUGUUCCUUGGACACCACAUUGAGGACUUGACAAGAACUGAAGACCUAGGAAGUGCCUGCUGUCUACUGGUUC